GGCGUGUUUUACAUGUUUACAAAAUUAGUUUUCCUGAACCUGACUCUCGUGUAAAUUAUGUUUUCACGGCAAAUCAGUGCUUUGAGUUGAGGUAUAUCAGCAGUGGGAUAUCAGGCUCUAAUUAGCACGUUUAAUCAUGCAAAGUUCCAGAGUGAGGCCACACUAUUGUACAGAUGGUAAGAAGUAAAGCACUGAGCGGAGGACAUGACGAAACUCUACAACACCUGCGUAACAUUGGUCUACCUGCUGCAUUCAGUUGUCACAGACGUGUGGACGGGUGUGCCGUCAUAUGGAAUGGAUGACAAGAAGGUGUGUUUGUUGAAGUCGGUGCACCAAGUGUUUGUGGAGGACCAGAAGAGUAUGGUCAUCAUUGGCAAGAAAACGCCAACAAACAGUGCCGCAGCGGCCCAGAACUGUACCAUACAGUUCAGUCCGGUGUCCGACAUGGGCUAUUCAUCGCUGCGGCUUCAGUUUGACAACUUCUACAUCAAUGACUGUGAUAUCACACUGACCAUCACCCAGUCGUCUACCAGCUUGUUUAAUAGUGACGUUCAGCAACUGGUGAAGCUGAGUUGUGCUGAUCCUAGUCCUGGUGUGUUGUACGCAUCUCGUGACUUCAGUGUCCGGGUGACCCUCUCUAGAGAAGAUAUUUAUCUCAGAAACUAUAACUUCCGAGUUAAUGUUUCAUUGUCGGAUGGCCCACCUCAAACUGGGCCCAGUGUUGCAGUGAUCAUCGGCAUAGCGACGGCGUUACUAGCCCUGAUCUGUAUCAUCGCAUUCAUCAUGGUCAAGUACACGAGGAUGAAGAGUGCGGUGUUGAGAGAGCGCCGGGCGGAGCGCGCGAUAGAGAACGCUCUGCACGUCCACAGUUCACAGGAACUACACAACGGGAUCGCCUACACAACCUUGCCAUGUCAGGCAGACAGUAAUGGUGCUCUGCAUCCAGGUCAUCAUGACAGUUCGCAAGAUUCUCACGAAAGUGUCGCAAGCCACCCGGAAGGUGGACAUCUGCUUUCAAAGAAGGGUCACGGUCAACAUCACAUACUUCUGACCCGCUUACCGGCGAACAAAGAACGCUUAUCAUCUUCACAUCCCGAGGAGAUGAGUCAUGUUUUAUUUGAACCAUUGAACAGCCACACACACCUGCACCCAGACCACCCUGGCGGAGCGAGUGAGGGAGUCACAGAGGUUGGGUCAUCAUCGGAGGGAUCCGAUUUGCCACCUUCGUAUGAAGAGGCUUUGGAGAUGCCGAAACCUCCAGAAAGUUUGGAAUCGCCCAACUAUAUGAAUGUGGACACCCUGUGAUGCUGGAUAGGAUAAUGUUUGUAAAUUGUGUGUGAUCCAUGGUUUAUUACGUAAUGCAGCUGUUUGAGUGAUAUUGUGUGUGUGUGUGUGUUUAUUGAUUUCUGUGAAUUUCGGUCCAAAGGAAUUAACACAUUAUGGAUAAAGCCAUAAUGCGAAAAAAACGAAGUAUGGGACUGAUUUUUAAGUCACACAAACAUGGUUUGUUAUCAGAACAUACUUGUAUAUCAAAGGCUGUGGUAUGUGUUGUUCUGUGUUAUAAAACAUCACUAGCUUCUAAUGGAAAAAUGUAGCAGGUUUCCUCAGAGACAACAUGUCAGAAUUACAUCCAAUAGCAGAUGAUUAAUAAAUCAUUGUGCGCUAGUUAAACAAAAUAAACUUUUGACUUUUUUCUUAUCAAGACAAGAAAAUUUGUUUUCAAUCUUUUCUGCCUUAAAUAUUCAUUGUAUUUCAUUUAUAUUAUUUUUUAUUUUGUUGUGUGUUUUUUAAAGUGGAUAGUUUUAAGGCAAAGACUUGUUUUAAUUAAUGUAAUUAAAUGAAUGGUUUACAAGGUGCUAUUUGGAUCACAUGUUCACAAGAUCAGGUUUUAAUUAAUGUAAUUAAAUGAAUGGUUUACAAGGUGCUAUUUGGAUCACAUGUUCACAAGAUCAGGUUUCUCUACAGGGCAUAGAGAUUAUAAAUUGAGUAAAGACCCUUCUCAUAAAGAUGGCAGCUGCGGUGUGUGAUGUCAUAGGGUGUGAGAUCCUGCUCAAAGUUAGAACAUACUGUCAUUGAUACAUUUUCUGACAAAUGGAUUUGUCACAGUAAAAAGUAAUCUAAUUAACUACGCAUUGUGGCUAGCUGCUACCAUCAAAAUGUUGACAAUUUAACUUUUUAAGCACAGAGAUAAAACUUACAACUUAAUGGACACCCAAAUGCAUUCUAGUUGUUUAGUCUAGCAGUGUAAAUAAUUUUACUUUUUUAUUAUUACAAAUGAGUUUAUGGUUUUCUCUCUCGGUUUUAAAAAUGGUAUCAUUUACAGGAAAUGAAUUUAAAGUGAAGUUACAGUAACUAGAAAAAAGGGUUGACACUUGUUUUUUUGUAAUAUGUAGGUGAAACGAGUACAUACAUAACAUUUUAUCUGGACCCGUAGCGGUGAAGAAAUGAUAAUAAAUGUGUAGCAGGAAAUAACCAUUCUGUCCGCAUAGUGUUUCAAUUCACACUGUCCCCCUUUGACAUCACAAGUCUGUAGUUCAAUUCUUGUCCCAUAUGAAGCACCCUAUUAUGGGAAGGGUCUAUCUGAGGUAGCUCUGCCACUCGACAAAUUUGACAACUGCUAAUUUUAAAAACAACUGGCAAAUUUUGUUUUAAUUUGGCGAAUGUUUUUGAAGUUUGAUAGGUAAUUAGGCGGAAUUGUGUGUGGACCCAGAGCUAGCCCUGGUCUAUAGAUGUAGUGUACAUGGUUUCCUACCCAGUUAACUAACGAUUCACUUACAUUUCACAGGUACACAUGCUAUAAAACCCUCGUGCAAACAUACCACAUGUGUUGUUAGGUCAUUGCUCAAAGGAGAAAGGAUUAAUUCAUUCUAAACAAAACAUUUCAUCACUACUAGAUUUGGUCUGAAUUGAUGAAAAUUUAUUUGACUAUUGAGUUUUCAUCUUUUUAAAAGAUCAUUUUGACUUUUACAGUGAGCAAAAAACUGCUCCCCUGAAAUUAUGUAGGAGAACAAUUGCUGUCUGUGUCAAAUUCACAGUAAUUUUUAUUAAAUAAAUUGGUGAUAUUGGUGUGUGACAAGGUGAACAGUUUUUCGCCCACAUGGAAAUAGUUUUGUGUGACCACAUAUAAGCGAGAGCAGUGAAAUGAAUGUGUGAUGGUCCCUUAUUGGAUUACUUUUUUCUUAAUUUAUUUUGCAUUUUAUUUGCUAUAGUGGGUAGGUGAGACAAAUGUGUUACUGUAGACGAUAAUAGUAGCUCAUUUUGAAGGUCAAGGUUGACCAGAACAAAAAGGGUGUCUUUUGAUGACCAAGUGACAAAAUGGAUGGACUUGUGAUUUGUAGUAGAUAGUGUAUGUGAAAGUGUUUCUGUACUAUACUGACAUUCCUGAGUGUGUUAUUGUCUUAGCAUAAUUAAAGAAAUGUUUUUAGA